AUGACACCUCGUGAUCAUAGAGCUGCCUUAAAGAAGUGGAAAGAACAUUGUACCGUGUACCGAACCAAAAGGCUAAGACUGAAAAGUGUCACUAAUACUUUUAUACGAGACAAUACGCCAUUAUCGGAUCUAGAAGCUGGUACUCCGCCUACAAGACCCGCCACUCCAGUCCCAGAGCAAUUUUCUUCAGCUCCAAGCCCAGCAACUUCCAGUGCUAGUCUACAACAAAGAAAAAAAGAAACCACAAGGCGACGUAAGAAGUUUAACAGGAAAAGAAAUGAGAAGAUUGCACAUUUAGAGAAAAAGCUUGAGAAGUAUAAGAAAAGGUUAGCUAGAUUUAAAAGCAAAAUGAAGAAGAACGUUGAAGAUACACCUAAGACAAAGAUAUUAAAAAUGUUAGAAGAGCCUGAUCAAAAAAAAGAAGUAGUCAAGAAAGCGUUGUUUGGCGACGUCAUUACUAAGCAGCUGCAACAAAAUUAUUCUACAUUAAAACGUACAAAGGAUAGACAAAUCUUUAAAAAAGUUAUUACUGGUAGUAUUGUUCAAAAGUAUAGGCAAUGGAUACCUAAAGAAAUUAAACCGUUAUCUAUGCCUGGAAAAAUAUCCAAUCUUAGUGGCUUAGAUAUACCUGUAGUGAAACGAUGUAAAAUACCUGAAAGUUAUAAAAGAGCUGUUUACAAUUUCUUUGAAGAUGAUAUUAAUAGUCGCAUGGGAGCCGGUAAAAAAGAAUUUAUAACUAGGAAAGCUGUAAAGAAACAGAAGAGAUAUCUUCUUGACACAGUUUUAAAUCUUUACAGAACGUUUAUUACAGGGAACAACUUUAAAAUUAGCUACCAAACAUUUUGCUGA